AUGCCCGCAAGCCGCCACGAAUCAGGGAACCCUUCUUCCAGACAAGUAAGCAAUGGAGCCGUGUGGCAGGUCGGUGGGAGUUUUGCUGCGGUUGGGCAACAGCCCAUACCGGACUUUGCCCGUUCGCGGGUUCUUUCAAGCAGAUCAAAUGCUCCUAUGUUCAACGCGCAAUUCAUGCCUCACCGUGCACCUUCUGAUGACAAAAAGAAGCAUGAGUCGAGAGUGGCACUUGCGUUAGAUAUUGACCCAACGACAAGACUGCUUAAACAGAGCAAACCCUGGCCUUUUCGGAAGUCCACGCAAAGUCCUCUGGCUUGGAAAGACAAUGCUUGGAGCAAAGCAGGAAUAGAAAAUUGGACGAUAGACGCAUCGAGAGGGGCCAAACCGAGGGUAGUUCCGACUCGUCCGUUCCGCAUUUUAGAUGCACCUUACCUGCGUGAUGAUUUCUAUUGCACCACUCUGGCGUAUUCUUCGACAACUGGGUCUCUUGCAGUUAGUCUAAACCAUCGUGUCUAUCUCUGGUCCGAAGCCCAUGGUGUGCAGAAUCCACCCUUCCUAGUUCAGCACCCGUCAAAUUAUGUGACCUCGUUGGCCUUCUCCUCUGAGAAUGGCUGUAAAAGCAUCCUGGCCGUUGGUCGGCAUUCGGGGGCACUAUGCCUAUGGAGUACAUUUGACGACGAAGUUCGGUUUGAGAUUAGCCACCCGGAUAUGAUCACCUGCCUAGCAUUCAAGCAGACCAAAACGCGCCGGCUGUCGGAGCGAUUCCGAGGUUUCGAGGUGGAUACAGAAGACCUAGCCGUGGGUGACGACGCUGGCACCAUCUGGUAUUACUCAGUUGAGUGGCCAGAGAAACACACGCGGGACCAUUACCACUGGCCGGGAACGAUGGUCUUGCUUGCGAAAAUUGCCGCUCACACACAGCAAGUCUGCGGUAUCACUUGGUCGCCGGAUGGGAAUACCAUGGCAACUGGUGGCAAUGACAAUGUCUGCCUGGUCUUUGACCUCCAUGAGAUCAUGCCCGCGCGAGAUUUGGGAAUCACUGCGGACAUACCAGGCGUCUUUCCUUCGUCGUCUUCAGAGGCCGGUCAGCACCUUUCGGUCAGAUACCCCCUCGUCAGUCACUUGCUUCCAGCAUGGGCCCUUUCUCCCCAAUCCGAACCCUUGUCGGCCUCCGUCCUCAGUUUCACCGGGUCCGUUGUCACUGGGCAGUACCGUACAACAAAGGUCGGGCCCAAUCGACAGAAGCAUAGGCUAGUUCACUCGGCAGCGGUGAAGGCGAUGGCAUUCGCACCCUGGAAGCCAUCUCUAUUAGCCACCGGCGGCGGCUCCAACGACCGAGCCAUUCAUUUCUAUCACGCACCGUCCGGGGCAUGUCUGGCUACUAUUAAUGUAUUUGCUCAGGUGACGAGUCUUAUCUGGAGCCAAACCCGCCAAGAACUGGCUGCAACCUUUGGGUUUGCCCAACCCGAGCAUCCGUUCCGAAUCGCUGUAUUUGCGUGGCCAAGUUGCGAACAGAUCGCGGCAAUUCCCUGGGGGCCGCAUGGAAGCAGCUGGGAUGGGCCGGAGAAUGGACCCCAUGGUGAUUGCGGUCGAGCUCUCUGUGCAGUUAGCUACCCUGGCCGUCCCCCUCUUCGACCAUUCGGGGGACUCGAAAGCUCCAAGGACUCCUCGGCAUCGAAAGGACAAGGCCGUCGGUCCAAGCGAGGGGCACGAAAAGCCCGUUGUGCGCAGACCGGUCAACGGACGGCCGUGCGACCUCGAGCGAAGGAAGGGGGCCUGUGGUGUUCACGUACGAUGGAAGAGGGAUGUAUCAUCGUGGCAUCCAGCGACGAAAGCGUGAAAUUCCACGAGGUCUGGAGCAACACAACGAGACGACCAGCCGCAGUCUCGGAGCCCUAUGGAGAGAACGGAAUUUUCGACGGGCUGGAAGGAUCAGAAAAGCCAGGCCGCGAGAUCAUCCGGUAG